AUCCAUCCAUCCAUCCAUCCAUCCCAUCCGUCCCAUCCGUCCCAUCCCAUCCAUUCCAUCGGCCUCUUCGCAUCAACCCAUCAACCCAUCCACAUCCCCCAUCUCGAUCCCCACUCACACCCACCUAUACCCUCCCGUCCUCUUCUUCUCUCCUUCUCUCCUUCCCUCCUUCCCUCCUUCCCUCCCUCCGCCCCUCUUCCUGCAAGAGACCCUCUGUCCCUGCAGCCGCUUAAAGACACCUCCGCAUGCCACUCUACGCGUCAUUACCCUCUCCCUCCUGAGCAACCACUGUUACCGCCGCUAUUGUCCCUACCACUCCUACCACACUCCCAUCAACCAAAACACACACGGACUGGCUGUGGAUCUGGUUCAUGACCAAACAAAGAUAGAACCACCAUGCCAGCCACCCCUCCCGUACAGCCGCGUCGCAACAGCAUGCGGACGCGCAUCGCCUCCGCCGCCGCCGCCGCCGCCGCCAUCAGCUCACAGUCCAACCCCGACUCUGCCAGGUCAGGCACAAGAGCCCAGCAACAACAGACUCAACAGGCGACGUCCCCACAACCAAGCUCCCCAACAGCUGCACGGAAAACAUCACAGCCAAUAAUCCAACACUCUCGACCAGGACGCCCACGCAAGGAACCCGUGCCAGCUCCAUUGGAGGAUCCAGACAAGCCGAGAAAGGGCCGCGGGAGACCUCCAAAGACCAGAGAAGCAUCUACAGAGCCUACAACGCCUCCAGCAUCUGGAUCAUCGUCUGCGGAGCAUGAUGCGCAAUCGCCGCCACCGUCAUCACCAUCCGCCAAGAACAAGGACAAGGAUAAAGAUAUGCUAAUAGACAUUGACAAGGAAGACUUGUCUUCGACUUCACAGCCUGUCACGAGAGCAUCUAGCGCUCAGCGACAGACUAGGCAACAAUCGGCUAGUGCACCCAAGGAGACCGACUACUUUUCAAGGCACAGCAACGAUAACAGCAGUAGAAACGGCAGCAGCGAAGCACUCGAGCAGUCGAGAGAUCGUGCAGAGUCCAAUCAUUCUAACGGAGACCGCGAGAUCGAGGAAGUCUCCAGCGAGUCAGAGAACGGGGAUGGUGACGCAGAAUCGGACGACGAUCACCAGGAAAGGGAAUCCACGAAAGAAAAGCAGCCAAAGACCACCUCGGCGCCCUUCAGGAGACGAUUGAGGUCCAGUAGACUGAUGCCGAGUGUUGCGGCCCAUUUGGCCGUAGACAGUACCGGGCUAGGCGUAGAUCACAUCAUGGACGAAUAUACCGAGGAGCAGCAGCUACUACAAGCCAAUACCAAUGCAGCAGAGGCGCUCACGCGGCUUUUUCGUCGAGGCAUUGUGGAAUCAGAGGGUUUGCACCCAGACAUGGUGGAUGCGCAGGAUUACGAGCUAAUCAGACAUACGUUUGGAGAUAUCGAGGAACUAAAUUUCAAUGAGGCAGAGACAUUAUCAGCACCCGAUGAAAGCAGCACCGAGGAUGACGAGCUCACAAGGGAACUAAAGAGAAAGCACCGGAGAGGAAAGCGGGAACUGAUGGACACCUCUGCAGAAUACAAGGCGGUCAAACAAAGUAUGGCGAUCAAGUUGAGUGCCCAACUGGACGCAGAAGAGGCCCAGAUCAAUGCUGGAACCCAUCCCGACCUUUUGGCAGAGCUUAAGGCGAUCGAGAACAGACGAGAGGCACGAGCCAGGGUUAUGAAGGCUCAAAAGGACUACGUCCAGCGAAUGUGGGAUAUCAACUUUCAGGCUGUGUGCAAAGCAGCGCACGAUCAAUACCGCGUCGACAAGGAUGCAGCACGAAGAAACAUCAUAGAGCUGGUGCAGAAGCGGAUGAACCGAAUCAGGCAGGAAUUGGCACAGAGCAGGAUAGCAGAAGGAAAACCACCUAUGCGACGCUUGACCUAUGUUCGGACCGUAGAUGCCGCCGAAUACGAUUCUUGCGGCGAAAGCUGCUCCAGCUACGACUCGUACACCAGCUCAGGAUCAGAUUGCAGUGAUUGUGAGAUCUGCAGGCCGACUCCGCAGCUGCAGAUUCCUCAACUAAAAAAACCAAAAGGACUUAGCCGCAAGGAAAUCGCCGUCGAUCUUGGAUUCUUGUAUCCAGAAUUGGGUCCCAGUAAUUCUCGUCGCAACCCGCCCGAUGAUACUACUCCAUCUCGUGAUCGGCCAGGAUUGUCUCGGCAGUACAGCUCUGACGGCGAAGAAUAUUCUCAUCGACAGAAAAAUGGCCGUAACCAGCAGUACAUGAUCGAUCGCCUAAAUGACGAGAGGCGCAGGAAACGGCGGGUGUUAGACCGGGAGAUGCAGAACAAGGUUAUCUACACCAACCACACAGGCGAAGGGGGUUUAGCCAGAGACAUGGAUCUAGACCAGUACCAAUACCAGAACCCCGAUAAUACCGAGCGCGAGCCAUCUUCCACCCGACCCGCCACUGAACCCGUCUCUCGCCCUCAUUCCCCAAACCAAACCCGAGGCGUAGCACGACCCUCACCACACAAUAAUGACAAGGUUCACCAACCACGCUUUCUGCCAGGGUUCAGCCCAAGCGGCAUGCAGCGUGCAAAGAGACCUAAGGACCCAAUACCGGGUACCGGAGUGAUGCAAAGGUUCCGAUUCCGUCCUCAGAAUCGUUGGGAGCAACCUGCCAAUCGCUGGGAUCCACAGGAUUUUAGUCGCUAUGGGUCCCCGACAUCAUUGCCUGCCAAUCAAGAGGACCGGCGCCUGUUCUCGCUCGUGGAUAGAGAGGCUGUGAACGCGCACGGAGGUGGAGGUCGCUCAGGAAUGCAAGAUCCGUUUUACCUCGAUCUGAACAGCAGUCAUCCAGGAGCAAAUCAGGGUCCUCGGCCACACUUUGUUCGGCAUAUUCCCAACACUGGCGAGCCGCAUGAGGCCCCUAUACGAAUGGUGAACUUCGGUUCGGAUCCGCGUAGCCCAGUACCACCACACGGUUCACCCCACCACUUCGCUGCGCGGCACGCCCCGGAUGAUGUGUAUCCGUAUGAUGGAGACCGGAAAUCUCGAUUCAGACAUGCGUUUGCGCCCCGGAAGGGCCCACCCAAUCCUCCCUACCCGGCAUGAGUGUGUGGCGACAAGUCUUGAGAAAAAAGCCUCUGGGAGUAAAAUCUCUGAUGGACAAAACUGAGUUGCCAUCAAUAUCGGGGACCCAAUAAAAAGACAUGAGGGUCGCGCCUCUCUUUUUUUUGUUCGAGCGCCAAAAGAAAGAAAGAAAAAAAAAAGAAAAAGA